GGCUGGCAGCGAGCGGCGAUGGGAGGCCGAGGGCGCCGGCCCGGGCUGCGGCUGCGGUUGCGGGCGCGCGCCACGGCGCGACUCUAGCCAGCGCCAGCGGACUGCGGCCGCCAUGCGGGCACGGGGACGCCGCCGCUGAAGGCCCGGAGCCAUGACCGCCGCGCCCGCGCCGCUGCUGCUGCUGCUGCUGCACGCCUGCCUGCUGCUCGCCCUCGUCUGCAAGCCAGGCUGGUGCUCUGAGGACGAAGAGCGGCUGGUGCGCGACCUGUUCCGUGGAUACAACAAGCUCAUCCGGCCCGUGCAGAACAUGACGCAGAAGGUGGAGGUGCGCUUCGGACUCGCUUUCGUUCAGCUCAUCAACGUGAACGAGAAGAAUCAGAUCAUGAAGUCAAACGUAUGGCUUAGACUGGUGUGGAACGACUACCAGCUGCAGUGGGACGAGGCGGACUACGGAGGAAUCGGCGUUCUGCGUCUGCCGCCCGACAAAGUCUGGAAGCCGGAUAUCGUGCUCUUCAACAAUGCCGACGGGAACUACGAGGUGCGCUACAAGUCCAACGUGCUCAUCUACCCCAACGGCGAGGUGCUCUGGGUCCCGCCUGCCAUCUACCAGAGCUCGUGCACCAUCGACGUGACGUACUUCCCGUUUGACCAGCAGACGUGCAUCAUGAAAUUCGGGUCGUGGACGUUCAACGGAGACCAAGUGUCCUUAGCGCUGUACAAUAACAAAACCUUUGUGGACCUGUCCGAUUACUGGAAGUCGGGUACGUGGGACAUUAUCGAGGUGCCGGCCUACCUCAACAUCUACGAGGGCAACCACCCGACCGAGACGGACAUCACCUUCUACAUCAUCAUCAGGAGAAAGACGCUGUUCUACACGGUGAACUUGAUCCUGCCCACGGUGCUCAUCUCGUUCCUCUGCGUGCUCGUCUUCUACCUGCCGGCCGAGGCCGGCGAGAAGGUCACCCUCGGCAUCAGCAUCCUGCUGUCGCUCGUCGUCUUCCUGCUGCUCGUCUCCAAGAUCCUGCCGCCCACGUCGCUGGUGCUGCCGCUCAUCGCCAAGUACUUGCUGUUCACGUUCAUCAUGAACACGGUGAGCAUCCUAGUGACGGUCAUCAUCAUCAACUGGAACUUCCGGGGCCCGCGCACGCACCGCAUGCCGCCCUGGAUCCGCGCCGUCUUCCUCUACUACCUGCCCAUCCUGCUGCUGAUGCGCCGCCCCAAGAAGACGCGCCUGCGCUGGAUGAUGGAGAUGCCCGGGAUGGGUGCGCCGCCGCACGGGUCGCCGGCCGACCUGCCGAGGCACCUGCCUCCGGUGGCGGCGGCGGCGGCGGCCGCGGCGGCGGCGGGGGCGGGCCACGGGCCGCGCGCCAAGCUGGAGGCGGUCGAGAUGUCCAACCUGCACCACCCCAACUGCAAGGUCAACCGCAAGGCCAGCGCCGCCGAGCUGCCGCCCGCUCGCCGCGAGAGCGAGAGCUCCGACUCGCUGCUGCUCUCGCCCGAGGCCUCCAAGGCCACCGAGGCGGUCGAGUUCAUCGCCGAGCACCUCAGGAACGAGGACCAGUACAUCCAGAUUCGGGAGGACUGGAAGUACGUAGCAAUGGUCAUCGAUAGGCUGCAACUUUAUAUCUUUUUCUUGGUGACCACGGCAGGUACAAUUGGUAUUCUGAUGGAUGCUCCACAUAUAUUUGAAUAUGUGGACCAGGACAGAAUAAUUGAGAUUUAUCGAGGAAAAUGAGUGACUUCCAAGAGAGUUCAUUUUCCUUCUCAUUAUUAUUUUGUGACUGUUCUCAAAAUCAGGACAGUCAGUUAUUUUGAGUGCAGUGUACAACAGAUGUUCCUGUGAAUGAACAUCGUAAACAGUUGAAAGAAGUCUGCAUGCUCUAUGAGCUAUAUAGUGAUAAUCUGUUACUUAAUAGUGAUGGUAAACUAUUCAAACUACAACCACCAAAUCAAGAUACAAUUCAUUAGAUAAAAUGCUAUAUGAUAAUAAAUGAACUCAUAAUGAAUGACCCAUUCAAACUGAGUACAGUUGAACUUGUUGUUAUUAAGUGGCAACCUAGAGUUGAUGAGUGGCUAGUAAGAUGAUAGGCCUAAUGGUUGUUUUGGUCCUAGUUUAAGAACAUUCUUUUAUAAUCAAAAGAAGAGGGGAGUGUUUUGGAAAAGUGGAACAAUGACAUGGAAAUCAUAAAUGUUUCCUUUGAAUAAGGAAUAAUGAGUGCUCAAAUUACAUCCUAUUACAAAAAGGAAUUAGAAUAUUAUCUUCAAAAUUAAAGUGGAGGAUGCUUACACAAUGUAAAUCGCCUUCUAUACAUCAAGAUAUGUCAUUAUAUCUUUGUACAUAUGUUAAUGGAAAGAGUGUAAAUAGCCCACUACAGUAUAAAAGAACAUGUUGUUACAUACACCAAUCAAAGUUGUGCCCUGUGAUUUGACAAUGACAGUGGCUGUGGAAGAAUAGUAGAAGGUCAUUCGCAAGUCAUUUUACUUUCGUAUUACUUUGAGUGCACAUUAGAUUAUGUAGACAACACCAUGUUAGGAGUUGUAGGUGCUUCAUAUCUGCAGUGAAUCCAUAUGGAAUACUGCAAAGUGAAAUUCACCAGUACAAAGUAAAAUGGAAGUUUUGGUGACAGAUUACAUGUUUGAAGAAUAAUGUCCACUUACUGCCAAAAAUGUACGUAACAAAUCUUCUGUAAAUUUCAUACAGUUUCUGUUGUGGAUAAUUCUCUUAGUAUCAAAAUUUUGUAUUACCUUUAAAAUUUUAUUGUAUAUUUUUAUGCAGAUUCAUCCUGUAUAAAAUUUCACAUUUUGUAUAUUGUCUUCAAAAGAAUUUCUCUCAUCAUUAGAAAGCCCUGAUAGGAUUAUUUAGGGUGUGGUUCAAAGAAAUUUAUGUAUUUUAACAAAAUGAUUACACUGCCCAAUUUCUUUGUCUAUGAAUCAUUGGGUAUGUUUUCAUAAUUGAGAAAGUACUGAAGGCCCUCAUUAAAAUGAAAAUCUACAGAAGCUAAAUGCUUGGUGCUGGCUUCCUUUUGAAAAGCAUGUGGCAUUUACACUAUAUCAUAACAGGUAAUGUUUAUUCCUCUUCUGCAUCCUGUCAAAUUGGUAAUAUUUUCCAGUGAUAGUUUUAUCAUUUUUAUUAUGCUUACUAAAUUCUUCUGUUUGAUUGUUUCUUUAUAAACACUGGUUCUGUUGAUUUACCUUAUGUCUAUAAUGGUGAUUUCUACUUCUGCUAAAUCAGUUUUUAACAACUUCCAGUUUUUCUAAAAGAAGAAGGGGAGAAAAUUGUUAGAUUCUGGAUGCAACAAUGUAGAAUUAUAUGUUCUUCCUGUGAGCAGCUUACAUUUAAUCCAAUUUUGUUGCUACUUCAGCAGUUCGUUUCAUUAUUAUACAUCAAUGAAUUAAGCUGUUCCAGUUAAUGCAGUAUUUAUUUCUCACACAUACAAAUGUUUCUGGAUUAAUAUAAACACAACUGCGUGUUAUAAGUCCUGAGCACUGCACCUGAACACAGGUAAAAAGACAUAUGAAUGAGUGGCAUGAAAUCAGAGGGUACACAAUGUUAUCUUACAGUGUUUUAUUGAUGCUUAUUUUUAUAACACAAAAUAAAGCAAAUUAUAUUAAAUAUUAUAAUAACAGAAUACCUGUUCUGUCAAUGAACUGUGCCCCAAUAUACUGCGUGGCAAAUACUAUGUGCAACAGUCUGACAUUUUAGUGAUAUUUAAUGCAAAGAAGAUGCUAACAUUAUUAUUUUGCAAAGAAUGAAAAGACAAUAGGAAAUGUUCAUAGUGCUAGUAUAAUUCAAAACUGAAAUAUCUGGUUUAAAGAAAUACUGUAAAUUCUGCAAUGAUAGACUGUACCUGUCAUUACGACAUUUACGUGUUGUAAUAACAUUUACAAUGAAUUACUAACGGCUUUCCUGGACAACAGCUCCCACAGCCUAUCACUCAGCAAAAUUUAUAGUUAUUUCUCAUAUUAAGAUACAUUCAGUUUAUGAGGACAAAAUAUUCAGAUAAACCCUGAAUAGUUUUAUGUUACAGAACACUUUCUCAACUAAGAACGAAUAUAAGAUGGAACACAGUCAUCAACAUGUGUAAUGCAUGGAAGAAGAAAUUCACAAAUUCAACAUGUUUUUACUAUCAUAUUACAUGCCAACUGAAACAGUUUGCUAUCCAAGUAAAAAAAACGUUUCCUAAAACAAAAUUCCUGAAAAGCGAAUAAUUUUUUUAAGUGAACAAACCAUUUAGUAGAUUUUUUAAAAUUAUCUUACUUCACAUGGACAGAACACUUGCACUUUCUUUAGUGUGAGAGAGCCCCAUAAAGAAUUUUGAUUCCUUUAUUGAAAAACUUAACUUUCAUCAAGGAUUCUAAGAGCAAUGGCUUUAAUGAAUCAGUUGUUUAAAACGUCUUAACAGUUUUCCACUAACGCCAAGGUUGUUAUUGUCACUCUGUGGGUUUUGGCAAAUAAUAAAUAUGUAUUUACUAAAAAUUUAAUAUCCAAAACUUGCAUUGCUGUUCUCAGUAACACUCAAGUUAUCCUUUGCCACAUUUUAUUUAAAUACCUUAUAUGAACUGUAUCUGACUCACCUUUUCUUUUUAUUAAAUUAUUAUAUGUUUCCUUACUAUAUAAUGACUCAAUGUAAUAAGAGCCUAAGCACAAUUAAUACUGAAAUGUAUUUCAAAGUAACAAUGAAAAACAUUUAGUAUUUCUAAUGUUAUUACACACACACACACACACACACACACACACACACACACACACACAAACUCAUACCAGAAAGUCACUUAAGAAAAAUUCAGAGGUUCUAAGUUUAAAGAUGAGCAAUGAAAUUUUGUACACUGAGCUAAAUAUUUUGCAGGUAAUUAAAUACAUGAUAUCAUUUAAAUAAUGUAGACUGUAUAAAAACUGAGCAAUGUUUUGAAAUUUAAUGAUACAAUAGCAUAAAGCAACUGAUGAUGUUGAUAAUAAUAAUGAUAAUAUAUAACAGUUUGUCUUUUGAAAUUCUAGACAAUACUGUAAUUUGGGCUAACUUUGUGUUUUAGUGUCAGAAUUAUUUUCAAUUUUACAAUAAGAUGAAAAAAGCUAUUCCAGAAAUAUUUGUUUUAAACUUAGAAUACAAUAUAUAACAACUGCAUUACCCACCUAUAAAGAUCAGCCAUCUGGAUAAACUACCAAAUCUGUUCAAUAUUGAAAAUUUUGGGGAAGAAUUAUGUGGUCUAAGUUAUGUAUUCUUUCUCCAAUGUAUGAGGUUAUUUUACCUGGUAAUGAAAGAAAGUGAACUAGAUGAAUCUCCUAAUACCAUGUUACAUCCAAAAGUAAUGAUCUUCUUUCUGAAACAGUAUUUUAAUUUACCAGAUCUUUAACCAUCAAUAAAGAGAGUCAAAAUUACUCUUGGUUCCUCAGAAUUAAUGGAUUCUUCUUCCCCCACAAGAUUUGGAAAAUGCCAGAGAAGAAAAUAGCAGAUCAAUAGUGGCACGAUAAACUAAUUGUAAGGUUUCAUUUAAUGAGUUAUUUUCAAAUGGUCUGUGCAUCUCUUUAUCAUCAUUCUCAACAGUCUCCCAUUUUCUUCUGUGUAUGUAAUUCCACAGUAUUUUAGUUUACGUCCUAUGUCUUACAUAAUUUUGCCCUUUUUUUAUAGUGGAUGCUAUUUUGUCAGACAACAUAACAUUCAUGUUUAUACUCGUUAUACAUUUUUCACUCUAUUCUCAAGGAUGAUAGUUUUAAAGAAACAAGAUGAUCUCCAGCAUCUUAGGACAUUGGUGGCUCUAAAGUGCACUGGAGUUUACAGACUGUAAGAUAAUGUAUUAGACAACAUGCAUGCAAGAUGGGUUUUUCUUCUGUCAAAUGAUCAACAGACCAGUUUUAUCUAUGACACAUUUGCACAAAAUGCUUUAUUUAUAUUCAUUUACUGGUGAUGAUACACAUAUCUUCGUAACCUUGGUGCUAUGUGAUCACAUGUGCUCGAUAAUAUCGGAGAUGAUGUGGUAGUGAGAAAAAGUCUUAUAUCAUUUCACUGUUCCCUUGUGCUAGUUCCCACUUACACACACACACACACACACACACACACACACACACACACACACACACACACAGACAUACACAGACAAACACACAGUAGAAUUUUAGAACUGUGUGCUCUGUAAAAAAUUUAGUAGGUACAACAGUGACAGUGGGUGAGAUUCAAAUGUGAAUCCAACAGUUUACUAAUAAUAGAUUGAAAAUUGUAACUAUUUACAAUUUAUUGCAAUAAUUUAACACUAAAUGUUUUGAGGCUUUGGCUGCAUCUUAUUUACAACCUGGGUUCCCCAGAUGCUGAUGAUGAAAUGUUCUUGGAGGUGGCAUACUAAGCCUUAAAAGCUAUCAGCAAAAUCAACACUAUAAAUUGUGAUUGGCUAGAGUUUUUGACCUACUAUUUUUAUACUACUGUCUUGGAGAGAUGCAUUAGGCCUAAUGACUAAAUGAGUUCUCUCAAAGUGAUUGUUGUAACAGUUGUAAGCAUUGACCAUUUGCGUUAUUGGUGUGUAGGUGAAGAAACGAUUUACAGUAUUAUUCACACAAACAAAGUUGACACUCAGAGUGGUGGCUGAUGGGAGCAACUGUAAUUGGGAAUGCCUAUACUGUCACUCCCAUAAGCCACUGCACAGAGUGUCAAUUUUGUUUGCAUGUAUAAUACGUGGGAACUGAAUUAUGUGAUAAUGAUAACAAGGAAGGGGAAUAAAUAGUAAGAAAUAUAAUUAUAAAGCACAUUAGAAGUAUUAAGAAAGAACAGAAAUCAGGGAGGAGAAAACAGAACUGAUGUAACAGAUACAGUAUGGUGGUAUCUUUCCUCUGUCAUCUAGCUGUAUUUCUCUCUUAUGUCACAUUUUAUAUCCCUCCAAUCUACAUUCAUUUUUGGUUUUGACUCCUGCUUUAUGAUCAGGUUGGAUUGUUGUUCAUGUAAUUUGUUAGUAACUUCUAUUUCAUCUAAACAUUUAUUACAUGAAUUACCUAGAUUUGUUCUGUUUCAGAAUGAGAAUAUAAACUACUGGUUUGUGUCUCUGCCAUUUUCAUCUUUCUCUGUUUACACAUUCCACAUAACUCUUGCAGUUCAAGUUUUUGUUAUCAGCAAUUUUUGAUUCAUUUCCAAUUAUGAAUCAUUUAUUUUGCUCUUGGAAAAUACUCUCUUUGGUAACAAGGUAGAUUUUCCUACAUAUAUUACAGUCUGGAUUUUAAGCUGAUGCUUAUGCUGCAGUCAAUUCAUAGCCACUGCAAAAUGCAAGCCAUACUGCAUGACUGCAGUGAAAGUCUUCCUGAUUUUGCUGGCUUAUAUUUUCCUACAUUGCACCCAUUUUUCAGUAUUGUUUAGUAGCUGUAGAAUGAGUGACAAUUACCUUAUACUCUUAACACGAGGUGCCAAAGAAACAACAAUAAUUGUUUGUGACUAAACAUACAUAACUGGAUAGACAUAAUAAAUUAAAUGUUGCAUUUGCAUAGAUAGGAAAUUUAUUUAUUUGCAUAUGAUAAAUAUUAUUAAUUGUGUAAGUCUGCAAUGUGCCAUUUCAAUUAUUUGAGGCAACAGUAUAUUGUUUAUCCACUUUUACAGAUUUAUGCCAAAUAGUUCCCACUAUUGUUGCUUGUUUAAAUUGAAAGCUGAUGUGUUUAAGUUUAAGCUUCAUUAUUGGAAGUGUAACAUGAUAUUAGUUAUUGAAAAACAUGAUGCAAAAAUAUUCUAUCAAUGGUAUAAAUUGAAAUUUUUGUGAGAAUGACUAGUUCCUAUUUGCUGUUUUAGGACUGUGAGGGGUGUGAAGUGGAACCACUAAUAUUUAAAGCGUGGACCUAUAUAAAGUUUUCAAGUGAAAAACUUACAAAUGUGCAGUGAAAAUAAUGCUCAAUGAUGACCAUAAAAAUUAUGAAACAGUUUAUUAUUUAUUCAUAAAUAUAAAACAUUCAGUAAUUGUCUGCCCCCUGCUGUAAAUCAUUCUAUGAUGCAAGUGUUAGUUCCAGUGUUGUGAAGGACACAUGUUGGUGAUCCAAAAAACAGGCUACCUCCCAUAUUAAGGGCCAUGUAACCAUGUUACUAAGUUUCAAAUGUCUUGGGUUCUCAUUUUUGUAAAUAAAUUAUGACAAAAUUGAAAAGUACCAUAUAAUAAAUACAGGACUGUCUUGUUUGACAAUCAA